GGUGCUUGUUACCCAACAUAUCAUUGUGCAUGUCAAAAAGUAUGUGCAUAGAUAUUUAUUACAACCACCUUAAAUUUUCGGAUGACACGGAAAUUGUUCACAUUAACUUGUUGAUGUCUAGCGAAGAAGACUUUGUAGAUAUUAGUGAGGGUGUGAAGAAUAAGUUAAAGGUUCAACUAGCCGAACAAAUAAAUUGCACAGUGGAGCUGUUAACGAAAGUCGAUCUGGUGCAAUCAGAAGAAGAAGGCUACAUAGAGCUUGGUUUUGUUAUUAUGUCUUUAAACGACAAUAGGGAGCUGAAAAAGGCCGUGAUAAACGUCCAUAGAGCCACUGACAAGGGACAGUUGCGUGUUAUUACACCGUCAUCUGUUUGCGAUGCUGUUCCGGAGACUGUCCUGUUUCGUCAGUACAUAUCCGGCUAUCCUAAACCGACUCAGGAAAGACUUAACUCCCCUGACCUAGGAAAUAUCAUAACUGGAAUAAGCUUUAUUGUGUUGAUCAUCUUCACUGUAUUGAUAGCCAUGACAUCUAGGACAAAAAGAUUGUCACAUCCACGUGCCACGAUAAAAGAAUCGACCGACAAGAGGGAGGAAAGGCAAUUUCAAACCCGGCAACAUGUGUCAACAUUUAUGCUGAGAUAGGCAAAGUAUUCCAUUCAAUCGAAAAGUCGUUAAUCUUCGUUAUACUGUUUUAUUCCAUGUCACAUUUCGGUUCUUGUGCCUUGAUUAGGCUGAUAUUGAUGGUCUAUGUUAGACUCAAUAUGUGACUCGGACAAAACAAAAUUUUAAGGAACGAGUGACUUUCGCUUACAAGGUUUAUUUGACAGUCGUAGAUAUAUAAAUGAAAUGGACUGACUAAAUUGGCGUAUAAAUGAGGAAAAAAAAACUGCAUGUUCUUUAAAAAUGUCAAU